AUGGUAACCCAAAUAUCAAUGAAACAUGACGUGAGCAGCGUGACAUCAUGCCGAAUGUUAAUAAAAGACAGUCAGUGUCUUCGAGUGAAGGAGGUAACAAUGCUGUCUAGGUUAGGCCUCAAAAAGGACAAACAGGUCAUCCAAGGGACUGUGGUGUUGGUGAAGAAAAUAAACAAGUUCGACUUGACUGACGUUGGUGUGUCUUUGGCGGAUCGUGCUAGUGAGUGUUUAGGACAAGGCGUGUCUUUCCAGUUGAUUAGCGCUUCUAAAUUUGACCCAGAACGGGGAGCCAAAGGGAAAAUUGGAAAGCCUGCCUAUCUAGAAGGCUGGAUUACUAAAUCCCCAGAUCUGACAGCUAAAAAAUUUGAAUUCAAAGUACACUUUGAAUGGGAAGAAGAAGUGGGGAUUCCAGGAGCAUUUCUGAUCAAGAACAAGCAUCAAAAUGAGUUCUUCUUAGUAAGUUUGACACUCAAGAAUGUUCCAUUCGAUGGUGUAAUCCACUUCCCUUGCAACUCUUGGGUAUAUCCUACAAAUAGACACGAAGAUGGUCGCAUUUUCUUUCGCAACAUGACAUAUCUUCCUGAUAAAACACCAAAUGCACUCCGCAGAUACAGAGAAGAAGAAUUAUCCAAAUUAAGAGGGGAUGGAAUUGGAAAUAGGGAACUUGAAAAACGGGACAGGAUUUAUGAUUAUGCUCUUUAUAAUGACUUGAACAAUCCUAAAAAGUAUGAACGUCCAAUUCUUGGAGGAAUGAUUGGAGGUCAAAUUAAACAUCCUUACCCUCGUCGAGGAAGAACUGGAAGGUCACUAGUAAUGUCAGGAUACGAGGGCAGAGUGAAGAAAUUUUGGGGCUCAAAUUACGUUCCAAGAGAUGAAGAAUUUUCUCCAUUGAAGAAUUCAGACUUCAUUACUUUUGGAUUCAAAUCUGUGACUAAGAUCAUCAAACCUGCUUUGAAAUAUCAUCUUUUUAAGGAAGAGUUCAAUAGCUUUGAUGAAGUUCAUGAUCUCUACGAAGGUGGAUUAAAGCUGCCAAAGGCUCUACUUAUGGCCGUAAGUAGCUUAGUUCCAAUGCAAAAAUUAAAGGAAGUUUUCCGAAUUGAUGGUGAAGACUUUCUCAGGUUUCAAAAGCCUCAGGUGAUUAUAGAUAAUAAAAAUGCAUGGAUGACAGACGAAGAAUUCACAAGAGAAAUGCUUGCUGGAGUAAAUCCUGUCAAAAUUUGCCGUGUCCAAGAUUGGCCCAUAAAAAGCAAGGUAGAUGGUACUAUCUGCAAAAUAAGUCAAGAUGAUAUCAAAGAAAACCUAGAAGGGCUAUCUGUAGAAUGGGCAAUAGAGGAUAAGAGAUUAUUUAUAUUGGACUACUAUGAUGACUUCAUUCCAUAUCUGGGGCUUAUAAACACAACUGCUGCUGAUGAUAUUACUUCUGAAGUGGCACCUAGAGCAUAUGCUACUAGGACAAUUCUUUUCUUGAAAAAUGAUGGGACUUUAAAGCCAUUGGCAAUUGAAUUAAGUUUGCCACAAGAGGGUCAAUUCAAUGCGACUCCUGAAGUUUAUUUGCCUGCAGAAGAAGGCGUGGAGAGUUGGAUUUGGAAGUUGGCUAAAGCCUAUGUUGUUGUCAACGACUCCAACUAUCAUCAACUAAUUAGCCAUUGGUUAUACACUCAUGCUGUCGUUGAACCUUUCGUCAUUGCAACGAAUCGACAGCUCAGUGUGCUUCAUCCUGUUUACAAACUUCUAGCUCCACACUUUGUUGAUACUAUGAAGAUAAAUGCUCUUGCUCGACAAUAUCUCGUCAAUGCAAAUGGCGUUAUAGAGUCAACAUUUUUCCCAGGAAGAUAUUCUAUGAUGCUUUCAUCUGAUGUUUACAAGAAUUGGGUUUUCACUGAGCAAGCACUGCCAGCUGAUCUUCUUAAGAGGAGAAUGGCAAUCGAGGAUCCAAACUCUCCUCACGGCCUUGACCUUGCAAUUAAAGAUUACCCUUAUGCUGUUGAUGGACUAGAUAUAUGGUUUGCGAUCAAGACUUGGGUCCAAGAUUAUUGCUUCUUUUAUUAUGAGUCAGAUGAGACUGUUCAACGAGACACUGAACUUCAAUCUUGGUGGAAGGAACUCGUUCAGGUGGGUCAUGGUGAUAAGAAAGAUGAUCCAAGCUGGCCUGACAUGAAAAAUCGUGACGAGUUGAUAAAUUCUUGCACUAUUCUGAUAUGGAUUACUUCAGGCCUUCAUGCUGCUGUUAAUUUUGGACAAUACCCAUAUGGUGGUUAUAUACUAAACCGACCGACCAUGACUAGACGUUACAUGCCUCAGAAGGGUUCUCCUGAAUAUGAAGAGCUCAAGACUAAUCCAGAGAAAACAUUCUUGGGAACCAUUAAUUCCAAGAAGCAAGCGAUCAAAGUCAUUUCAGUGUUAGCUGUCUUAUCUAGGCAUUCUUCUACUGAGGCAUAUCUUGGACAAUCUGACAUCUCUGAUUGGAUAUCAGAUAAAAAGCCCUUAGAGGCAUUUGAGAGGUUCAAAGAAAGAAUCAGAAAAAUUGAGGAAAGAAUCGAAAGAGAUAACAAGGACGUGAAACUCAAAAAUCGACACGGUCCUGCUAAUAUGCCCUACACCUUGCUUUAUCCUAACAGUGAACCGGGGCUGAGUGGGAAGGGAAUCCCAAAUAGUAUCUCUAUCUGAGGGGCUGAUCAACCAAAACCAAAUAGUUUAAUCCAAUGAAAGAUCCAGAUGCCAUCUAGCUAGCUACCUAGUUUUUAGCUAGUACAUUUGUAUCUGCAUCUUUUAUUAUUAUGAUUCAGGCUGGAAGAUGCUUGCUGGAUGCUGAUAUUGUUAAGUUACUCUGUGUUCAAUUAGUUAUUUCUUUCUUUCUAUUUUGCUGUUUUGAUUAAGA